CGCGCACUGCGCUCUUAAACACAAUCUGUCUAGAUCUCGAGCACACUCUUUCUUCCCCUUGUCUUAUACCUCCCCUUCUUAUCUAAUUAGUGCAGCAUGUAUUCGCUGCGCUGGUUUCUCACAACGCAACUCCUCGCCUCUCUGGCAUCCACCCAAAAUUGCUACAUGCCGAAUGGCAACUUGGUAUCUAACCUGAAGGCCUGCUCCGUAGCUUCCGGCAACGACGCUGCUGCGUGCUGCUUCGCGGACCACUACUGCAUGACCAACGGCCUCUGCCUGUCGCCAACAGAGGGAACAUGGUACCGCGGUGGAUGUACGGAUAGCCAAUUUGAGCAGAGCGGAUGCCCAAAAUUCUGCGGUGACGAUGUUAUAGGUGGAGUCGCCAACGCUCACUGCGGCGUGUGGGCCUGCGCCUCAAGGAUCUUCGCCUGCGGCAGCCUGAAUAAUUGCGACAGGCAGAACUUCUCGACCGGCGCGUAUAGGGCGGUGAUGAACGCCGCCAUCUCAACGGACCUUUUCGACAGCGGGGCCACAUCGACGACCUCCGUAGCAUCCUCGACGAGCACCAGCACCGAAGGUGCAAGCACGGAAACCUGCCCACCACCCACGGAGCAGGCGACCAGUGGGAUCUCGGCAGGUGCAGCAGCCGGCAUCGGAGUCGGUGUGGGUCUGCCGCUUGCGAUUACGAUCGGCGCGCUGACUCUCAUGCUGUUGCGUGAGAAGAGAAAGUCGAGAGGUGUGCAGGCAGGCUAUCCACAGCAGUACCAGUACCCUCAGCAACUCCAGUACAACACCCAGCCGGGCUGGGUGAAGCCGGAAGGGCAGUUCCAUUCUCCUGCUGAGGCACCGGGGCCGAUAUAUGCAUAUGAACUAGGAGAUACCCAAGGCAGGCCUGAGCUUGGUCGUUGACCGUGAAUAAGCAAACAAAG